CUAAACAAAGAACUGAAACAAUCACAUAAGUGCAACCCUAAACGACAGGUGUAGUACCCCUGUGAACUUUGACCCAGAAGGAAAACAUGAGUUGUCUUGAUCUUGAUUCACAUCAUUUUAAAGAGAGUGGAGCUUCGGGCUGGCGGUUUACGUGGGUAUAAAACUUACGGGUAGAAAUAAGCGUAUCCAGAGAGAAUGGACAAAAUAAACAAACACAUCAACAGCUUCGUGCUGGCCGCUCGGCAUGGGAACAUCCCCCGUCCGCCUGUCCUCAGCUGCGUCCUGGCCGCUCUACUCCUCACCAUCUGCUACGAGUUCUACCUAGUCAACCAACAGGUCCGCACCAUGGAAGGCACGCUGCUUGAGAGAGGUUCUCAGCAAGAUGGCGUCGACGCAGCUUCCCGGCGACAAUCAGACCUCGUCACUUCACCCCAGAACGUCAUGAGAACCCGCAAAUUCCCGGUUCUGAACCCCCACCCCUUCACUUUUACCCUGAACAACCCUGACAAAUGUAAGGACCAGGAUGUGUUUCUUCUGAUUAUCGUGACCAGCUCGCCCGAGGGCCGGGCAAAGAGGCAGGCGAUACGGCAAACUUGGGGAGACGAGACCAGCGUACCGGGGGUGGUGAUCAGGACAGUCUUCGCAGUCGGCGUUAGUGACGAUGUAGGGAUCCAACAAGUUCUUAAAGAUGAGAGCGAAACUUUCAGAGACGUCGUUCAGGAAAACUUCGCAGACACGCCGCGUAGUCUCACGAUAAAACAAGUCAUGGUGCUGAAGUGGGCCUCCCAGUUCUGUCCCGGCGCUAGAUACGUUCUGAAAGUAGAGUCCAACACGUUCGUGAACAUUUUCAGCUUGGUUAGGUACCUGAGAAGUCUACGCGGAGCUCUGACGAGGAAAUUAGUGCUAGGUUGGGUGUAUAACGACUCUGUGCCUGUGCGCGAUCCUGAGGGAGAAGACAAGGAAUGGUACGUCUCCAUGGAUGACUUCCCCAGGGACACCUACCCAGCAUAUGCCGGCGCGUUCGCACAUGUCAUGUCCAGCGACAUGCCGAAGCUUCUGUACGAGGCGUCCCUGACUACAAAGUACCUGUUCAUGGACGAUAUCUACCUCGGUCUGUGUCUGGAAAAACUCGGCAUCGCUCCACGCCACCACGGUGGGUUCUGCCACUGGGACGUUGAGGUAGACUCUUGCCACUACAAGUGGCUCAUCGCUUCGCGCUUUGUCGACUCGCCUGAAAAAAUGAAGAGGUUUUGGUCAGCGAUUACAUCCACGUGUUAAAGACAUCCAGUGCAGAUUUACUACCCUACCUACCUAGUCCCAUGACCGACACUGGUCGUCGGGGGGACAAGGCAGACUUUGCAGCAGGAGUGUAGCCAGGUCCUCCUGUCUUGGGCUGCUGUCAGGAGUUGUGGGACGGUGAGGGACGUCCAGUCCAGACCAGUGCAGAUUUAAGGGCUUUGAAACUAGAUUUUUUAAAGUCAACAUUCUUGUUACUUAUCUAUAUACUAAGUUGAAACAACACUGUCACAGUGUAUCUUGUUAAUCAUAGAGCGAAAAAUGCCAAAAAGUCUGCCAAAACGGUUGCUGGAAGGACCGGGACUGAUUUUUAGGGUACCACCCAGAAAAUAAAGGACUCAUCUUAGGGCUUGUUUCUGCAGUUUUAAAUGCCUAACGUGUGAAAUACUGAUUCAAAUGUGCUAAUGUAGGAUAGUAUGUGUCAUAUCAGUAUAUCAGUAUAUAUCAUACAGAUUGCCUUAUUGUAAGAAACAGGAGGAGCGAGUAGAAACAGAUAAAAACCCCUGGUCCCGGGUCGGGGUUCGAACCCACGACCUCCCGAGUUUUGACGCCCUGAAAUUGCAUUGGAUGCCAUUAACAGUAUUGGAGGGGAUUCUAGGACGAUGCCUAGAAAAUGUAUACAUGUACAAUGAAUGAUGUACGUUUGGGACCGCAAUGUAGAUACAAUUCCCUGUAGCCGUGCGCGUAUAUGUGUAGAUAUGUAAAUAUUUCACGUUUGAGAAUGCAUCUAUAACAGCGACACCUGUGCUGCAGUGCAAUGUGAACCAGUCAGAAUUGCCUGAGGAAGGUGACAGACUGGUAUAAAGUAGUACUUGUUCGUGGACGACUGGGAUGUUAAGGAAGACUCUUGUUAC